UAUGCAAGGGACCCAUUCGUUGGUGCUCUCUUCCACAACUUCUUCUCUAUAAGACCCCAUUCUCUUUCAUUCUCUUUUUCCCAUCACUCUUCUUCAACAUUAAUAUUAAUUCUCUCACUCACCACCUUCCUUUAAUUAAUUUCUCUCUGAUGGCCAUGAAGAUCUUAAAUUGGAUGCAAUGGAAGAUGAAGCCAAACACUGUGUACUCUAGAGUUUCUCAUAAGCAUCCACCAGAUGUGUUUGCUGAUGGGAAAGAGAUGGAAACUAAUGAUCAAGAAGCAUUGCUUCUCCACAAUGUGCUUCUUGAUGGCAUUCUCACCAUUGGCACACUAGGCCUUCAAGACAUACACCACCAUCAUUCUCCAUUAAUUAAACAUCAACAAGAGUAUGACAAUGAUAAAUUAGAAGAUGAGAAAAAUGUUUCACAAGAAGCAGUGGAACAAGUGGAAAUCAAAGUGGCAAUGGUGCCACUAAGUGUUAGCAAGUCAUUGAGGUCAUCUUUUAGAGAAAAGGAAAAUGAGAAGGUGGUGGUGAAGGUGAUGAAAGAACAAGACCAGCAUUGUGAUCAAAAGGAGCUCAUGGAUGAACCAUUGUUGAAGGAGGACAAGGAGAGGAGUGAAAAGGGAAGAACUACUCUUGCCGAUCUCUUCGCCGCCUCUGAUGCCUCCCCGAAGAAAGUCAAGAGUAUUACUAGUCCUCUGAAGGAGAAGAUCAAUAAAGAACCAACAGAAGAAGAUGAGAAGAAGAAGAAGAAGAUGUUGAUGAUAAUGAAUAAGAACAAAGAGAAUUCACUUGUUGAGGGAAAAACAAAACCCACCAUUAAAGCAACAAAGAAGAUGCAAAGACUGAUCACAAGGAUGAUGAAGAAGAAGAAGGUCCAUCCGGAAAUGGUGGUAAAUGGAAUGACAGAAACUGUGUCUCUGAUGUCCAAAGAGAUGGAGAAGAUAAGUCUAAUUAAUCAAGACAUUGAAGAACAUCCAUGGAGGGAUCAAGCUGUUCAUCAGAUUGGGUGAUGAAUCAAGCCAUGUAUGGGAUUGGAUCUAAUUGGAAAGUGAACCAAGAUCUUUGAGUACAAACUACUAAGCCUUCAUUUAGAUUUGCUUUUCCAUGUGUUUGAUGAUGAUGAAUCUUUAGAUUCUUUACUGUUUUUUUCUAAUUUAUUUUGGUGAGUAUUAAUGUUGUGUUCUAAGCUUUUGUAAAGUACUUGUUGAAAAGGAGUGCUUAAUUUGUGUAGUUCUCUUUAAAAAA